UUGGGUUCCAGAUAUGACAGCUUUGCCCCCGAAUCAAGUACUCCCAGUGGUCUGUACCACAGCAUUUAUUUACCACCCAUGGGCAGGGUGAAGCCCAACAUCCUCGGGGGUUACAAACCCUGCGUUUCGUGGUGGGCAUCCCUGUGGACAGCAGUACUGGUGGUCAGGGAAGAUGGGGCUUCUGUGUACAGGUGAACGGCCCUAGUCGUCUGGUUAAGGACAUCCUGGGACAGUGUCUCAGCAGGAGAGGAAUACGAGGGAUGCUGUUUUCCUGGGUCCUUUGCAUGUCACUGUAGACUUCUGUCUGGGUCACCUGUGUCCACCUGGGUCACCCAUCCAUUUACUGGGGCUCCAUGGUCCUUGCGCCCUGAGGUCCAGCUGGUGGCUCUCCCCAGGACCUCCCUUGCUUCCCAGCAGUUGCACAGCUGUGAGGUCACAUCAGCAAGGUGAGCUGAAGGGCCAGCGGCAAUAGGGAGACCUGCCCCUCCACUGACCCCCAGAGCCUCGGGGGGGCCACUUCAGCCUCUCCCUACUCUGUGGCCACCUUUAAUCCGGAAGCAGUAGGGAAGGGAUUCUGGGACAUGUUGUUCCAGCUGACCUGGGUUACGUGUAAUGCUUCUGGGAAGGGGAUACCGGCAUGGGCUGUUCAUGAAGAUGAAUGGAAGAAAACAGACUCGUUUUUCUACGCACACAAAGUCUUAAAAACACAUGCAAAGCUCUAAUAUUGAAGGCAGAGUGCUUGGCAAUGAAACUACGAAGAGCAAGGAGACAAUUACGUUACGAUGAGGCUAGGGGCUCCUUCACAGGGAGUGGGGUGUGGCAACAGGGAUGGGGGACCCAGGGGCAUGCCUGGGAGCUCGCAGCAUUCCAUUUCUAGGACAGCCUUACUUUGUGAUGAAUCACCGAAUUGUUCUUGUGGGGGCACUUCUCUGUACGUGUCUUGUAUUCCCCCGCAGAAAAAUGUUUCAAGAAAACUGAACCUGGGUCUAAGGGGCCCCACCUCCCAGGAUUUCCACAACUUCCUCCCAGCCCCCAGCCCCCCAGGUCAAAACUGCCUUCUGUGAAUUCGGUUGUCCAGUCAUCCCUGAGGAUGGGCCGCCCCCAGCUGGCGUUCCUCGCUCUGGGUCUCCUGCACACCCGGACCCCUGGCGCAGAGCCUGCACUGCACCCACAGAGCUCGGGAGCAAUGAGACGUGGGGUCCCGCCGGAGGCAGCGAUGAAGAAAUGCAGCCCAGAGCCCAAACAGCCCCCCCGAGGGGGAAGUUUCCCUUGCGAAAUCUGCCCCUUUCCUUCUGCAGUUUUUCUUACCAGCCCCCACCUACAGAGACGCCCAGUGUCCCAGGGAACAGGACAGCCAGGCUGCCGCGACGUCCUCGGAGUCCUGGCCUCCGCAGCCCCAGCAUCCCGCUGCCCAGCCCUCCUGAGGCUCAGCCUCCAGCCUGGUGGGAGCGACACCCCACCCAGCCGGGUGUUCCUCAUCACGGCGCCUGUCUCAUCGCAGGCUGGUCACUUGUCUCCCCGCUGGCUGUGUGACCUCAUGUGCAGGGGGGCUGCCCGCCACGUGGAUGCUGUGGGAGGGAGAAUCGUCGGCCUCCCGCUCCCCGGCCUCCCAUCUCCCACGGCCCCACGGCCCUUCCCUGGCAGGACCAGCUUCCACAGACAUCUACAGCCUGUGCUCAAGGGGUCUGGCCGGAGGGACACGUUUUCGCUUUGUGGGAAACCACCCUGGAGGGGAAGGGCAGGACGGGGAGCCAGGAGAGGUGCUGAGCCCCACCCCUCACCCGGUUUGGGGUUCCCAGGAGUAGAUGGCUUGGGGUGGGGGCGCUGUCGGCCCUGAUGGAGCCAGGCCCUGAAGCUCCUCCCCCGAGGAGGGUCACUGUCCUGACCUCGCCCUCACCUUCCCGUUGGGGCCUCCUCUGAUCUUGCAGCUUUUAGUUCCUGAGAGACAGACUCCCCAGGGGAAGCUGCCCCGCCAACCCAGACAUGUUCCUGCUGCUGCUGACAGUGGCGCUGCUCUGGCGGCGGGAGGGGGCUGAGGGCUGGGGGGGGUCCCUCUGGGGUUACAAGCUGCAAGUGCAGGAGUCCGUGACGGUGCAGGAGGGCCUGUGCGUGCACGUGCCCUGCGAUUUCUCCUACCCCUGGGAUGGCUGGACUGACUCUACCCCGACUUAUGGCUACUGGUUCCGGGAAGCGGCUGAUACAUUCCAUGAUGCUCCCGUGGCCACAAACAACCCAGGCCGUAAAGUGCAGGAGGAGACCCAGGGCCGAUUCCACCUCUUAGGGGACCCCGGUUUCCACAACUGCUCCCUGGACAUCACAGAUGUCAGGAAGACAGACGAAGGAAAAUACCAGUUUCGGGUAGAGAGAGGGAAUGAUGUGAAAUAUACUUACCUCUCUCCCCUGCUCUCCGUGCAUGUGACGGCCCUGACCCACACGCCCCAGCUCCUCAUCCCAGAGACCCUGCAGGGUGGCCACCCCCAGAACCUGACCUGCUCUGCGCCCUGGGCCUGCGAGCGGGGCGCGCCCCCCAUCUUCUCCUGGACGUCAGCCGCCCUCACCCUCCUGGACUCCCGGACUCCCCACUCCUCAACCAUCACCCUAACUCCGCGGCCUCAGGACCACGGCACCAAUCUCACCUGUCAGGUGUCCCUGACUGAGAGCAGAGUGACCACAGCGAGGACUGUCCACCUCAAUGUGUCCUACCCUCCACAGAACUUGACGGUGACUGCCUUCCCAGGAAACAGUACAGCCACAGCCCUGGUGAAUGGUUCGUCCCUAUCAGUCCCAGAGGACCAGCCCUUGCACCUGGUCUGUGUCGUCAUCGACAGCAACCCCCCUGCCAGUGUGACCUGGGCCCGAGGGAGCCUGACCUUGAGCCCCUCACAGCCCUGGAACCCCGGGGUGCUGGAGCUGCCUCGGGUGCAGAGCAAAGACGAAGGGGAGUUCACUUGCAGAGCUCAGAAUGCCAUGGGCUCCCUGCAUAUGUCCUUGAGCCUCUCCCUGCCCAGAAGCGAGGGGCCUGUCCCAGGCAUGAUGCUGGGAGCAGUGUGGGGCGCGGCCGCCACAGCUCUACUCUUCCUGGCCUUCGGCUUCAUCACCCUCAUAGUGAGGUCCUGCAGGAAGAAAGUGACAAGGCCAGCAGUGGACGUGGGGGUUCUGGGCAUGGGGAAUGCAAAGGCCAUCACAAGGUCAGUCUCUCAGGGUCCCCUAAUUGAAUCCUGGGCAUGUAGCCUCACAGAGGCUCUCCCAGAUGUGGCUGCCACCUCCUCAGUGGAGGAAGAAGAGAUCCAUUAUGCAUCUCUCAGCUUUCGUGAAGCAGAGCCUUGGAAACCUCAGGUACAAGAGGGCACCAGUGUGGAAUACUCAGAGGUCAAGAUCCACAAGUGAGAAACUGCUGAGACUCAGCCUUGGCUUGAGGGAUCACAACCCCUGUGGGGAAAAGAAAAAGUCAGGGACUAAUUCCUAUAGAACCAACCCCCACCCCCCACACCAUCAGGUAAUGAGUACACACAUACAGUGAAGAUAACACAGGCUUUUGAACCAAGGAGUUUUGGGUUUGAGUCACAUUCUGCUCUCCCCAUACUAAGUAAGUGAGAGAUCAAACCCCUGUGCCUCAGUUUCCUGCUCUGUGCAACAGUGAUGAGAAGCCUGACCUGAAAAUUUGUGGUGAGAAUGAUAGGAGUGAAAUCCUAUCAGGGUGCCUGGAACCAAGUGUACACAGAACACAUGCUGGAUCCCUGUGUUUUGAACAGAAAUAUCCUACUGGAAAUUUUUCCUAAUUCUGGAGAUGACCAGCAUCAGACCUUUGUCCUUGCACAUUGAAAUCUUUCCUCCUGGAAUGCCCUACAACCAGGCCCUCAUCUUCCUAUCUUUGAAAGCCAAGCUCAAGAGAUAGACUUCUAGCUUGAGAGGAAAGUCAAGCAAUAGCUCAUCUCCCUUUAUAGAUAUAAACAAACAAAUGAGGAAAGUUCCCAAAUGAUCAUGUGACCAUCUAAUGAAUGAAACAUGAUCCCCAAAUUCACCUACAGCACCCAAAUGGAGAAAGUUGUCUAUCACAGCAAUCAUUCCUUAAAGUAGCCAUAAUGAAAGGACACCAAAAAUUGGAUGAAGCAUUAAAAAUUCCCCAAAACUGGACCACAGCCCAUUUGUAACAGCCCUAAAAGACAUUAAAUACUGAGGAAUGAUUUUUCAAAAUGUGAUACUUACCUGCUGAAAAAGACAGCAUAUUGCUAAGAGAAAUUAAAGAAGAUUUAGAUGAAUGAAGAAAUAUACCAUGUUCAUGGAUUGGAAGAUACAACAUUGUUAAGAUGUUGGUUUUCUCCAUAUUAAUUAAAAGUAAUUCUGGUCAGCAGAUGUAUAUAUAUAUUCAGUCGAAUAGCACCAAAUCUAUUUAAUUGGGAAAGGAAGGACUUUUUAACAAAUGGUGGUAGAGCAAGUGGAUCAAGUUUUGGAAAAAAUGAACCUUGACCUCUUUUGCACAUCUAUUUAUGUAAUCUAUUCUCACAUCUAUUUCUCACAUGUAUAUAUGUAAUUUUUACAUACUAAAAAUUAGUCUGAGUUGAUUUAAAAACCUAAAAGUAAAAGCCAAAACUAUAAAGCUUUAUUGUGCUUGUCCAGUAUGGUAGCCACUAGCCACACACGGCUAUUGAGCACUUGGAAUGUGCUACACUUAGUAUUGCAAAAAAGAAGGUAACAUAUCUCAUUAAUCAUUUUUAAUAUCGGUCACAUUUCUGAUCUAUCAGGUUAAAUAGAAUCGUAUCAAAAGCAAUUGCAACAGUUUCAUUUGACUUCUUUUUAUUGUGGCUACUAAAUUUUUUAAAUUACACAUUUGGCUUGCAUGCUGUUUCUAUUGGGUAGCAUUGUCCUAGAAGGAAACCAGGAGAAUGUCUGUGGGUACACAAAGGUUUCUUAAAGGACAUCCAAAGUAAUCAUCUGCACACUGAUAAAAUUGUCUAUUAUAUAACAUAAUGAGGAACAGUGAUCAGUGGCUUUCCUGGCUCCCCACUUGGUUUCCUCUCUCCUCCCACCCUGAGCCUGAGAUGGCCAAUGAGGACGGGAACAUGAAACUUUGGCAAGGUCGUCUGGGUUUUUGGAGGUGGACUCAACAGGCAGAGGGAGCCUAGGAGAAGGACUUACAGUGAUUCUGGGGGCACCUGGGAGGGGAUCACACCUGCUCUUCUAAAAUCCAUCUGUUCUGCACGUGGAAUAUUCUGUUAGGACACGUUCAUAUCCCCAUAUCACUGCCACCAGGCACGCCUGGAAAGGAUGAGGCGGCGGAGCAUCGCUGACGUCCCUACUAAGUGCUCUCCGAAGUGAAAUCCCCCGUGUGGCAUGUGCAGACCCUGCAGCCUGGAGUCCCCACCCUGGGCACAUUCCUUAUAGAAACUCGAGGACCCCAAGUGGUACAGAAUGUGUUUCCAGCUGAAUUCUGCACAAUACCUACGGAAUUAUUACCCCUGAUUUGCUGACACGCUCCUCGUGGCUUUGAGGGGUUCUGGAGCCUGUGGGUUUCAUUUCUCUGGAGAACCCUGACUGCUGUACUGGGAGUUCAAACCACCCCAAGAGACUCCCCAGCCUAGGUGCUCACCAUCAGUUUCCUAAACCCAAGUUUAAUAUUCAGGGCAAGUGCCCCCUCUCCCUACACACACCUGUCUCCACGACGUCCUUAGAGUUAACCUUUACAGAUUUAGUUGGGACCCAAUAGCAAACAUCCACAGGAUCGUUUUCUGUGGCUGAGUAAAAAAUGCCUUAAGUCUGGCAUCACCAUCACUCAGAGAGCUAGGCCAAGGAGGUGGGGCCUGGGACAAGGGCUGGCGGUUACCAUCGCAAACCUUCACCACUAACAUCAUGAAGAACUUCUCACAGCCCUGAUUCUCUCUGAACAAGGACCAGGGUCCCCAUGACCAUCUCCCUUCGGUGGCCAUGUAGCUUGGCCCCAGGGGCGGCCCCUCCAAGGGCAGACAGAAAGCCACGCCCCCUCUCUUCCAUCUGAGUUCCCGCACUCCCUGGGAAAAAAACUCAUCCCUUCCCAGGACAAAGGUCCCCUUGUAAGUGACAUGGAGUGCCACUCCCCAGCCCCACCCAGGGCACCUUCUGGGCUUGAACAGAGCCCACCCCACCCUAGGAGGUGAGCCCAGAGAUUCAUGCAUAGUUUCAGGAGGCGGCUCUCUCUUCUGAGACUGCCGGGUGUCCUUGCUGGGUCCAAACUGGGCCUUGGAGUCUGACCACUGCUUGUUUCCUUAAAAACAAUUGAACACUUGUAAGACCUCCUGGGCCAUAUGCCUGGCACCUGGCCUGAGUGAGGGUCUGUGCCAGGUGCUCCCAAGGGUCCUGUGAAAUGCAGAGUACUGACCGCUAUGCAGAUGAGAAAAUAGGCUCAGAGAGGUUAUGCAGCUGUCCAACGUCUCACCAGCAUACCCCUUGGCCAUACUGUUUGCAGGUAAGAGCAUUCCUUGAGGACUUUUGUUUUUUGCUGCAAGAGAGUCGGUAAAUGACACAGUCUCAGGGACAAGAUAGGCACAGGUGAGGAGAUGAAGGAUGAGGGACCCCAGCCCAUUUCUUUGGGGCUGGUUGUUUAUUCAUUUGUUUUUUUGCCAAAAAUUAAAAAAAUAAUAACUUUUUAAAAAUUGAAGCAAAAUUUGCCUAUAAUGAAAUACACAGAUCUUAGAUGUACAACUCAAUGCAUUUUGCCAAAUGUGUACACACAUGUAUAGCCGACACUCCAAUCAGAGACAGCAGUUUUCCAUCACACCGGAAAGAUCUGGGUGCCCCCCUCCCAGAAAUCUUUCAGACCUAAAAGCCUCUCUUCUGAUUCCUGUCACCAAAGACCUUCUUUCCAUGUCCUUGAAUUUUAUAUAAUUGGAAUGAUAUAAAUUGGCAGAAUUAUAGAAUUCAAGUUAUAUAAUUGAAAUAGAAAUGUAUUAAUCAUAAUAUUAGGUAAUAUUAUAAUUAGUUAUAUAAUACAUAAUUGAAACUAUAUAACUUCAUAAAUCAUUUACACUAUAAAUUAUAUAGUUGGUUAACAUAAUUGGAAUCAGCCAGUAUGUACUCUUGUGUGUGGUUUUUUCCAUCACUAUUGCGUUUUUUGAGAGUCGUCCGUGCCGCUGUGGGUAUCAGGAUUUUGUUCCUUUUUACUGCUGAGUGGGAUUCCAUUUUUAUGUUCAUGCACGUUGGGUUUGUUUCCAGCGUGGGGACAGAUUUACGAGUAAAGCUGCUGCAAACGUAUCUGUACACAACUGUGUUGAGGCGUAUUUUCCCUUCUCUCAAGCGCUGGGGGGCAGGGCUGAGGUGGAGAGAAUCGGGUCAGGGUCACCUGUUGGGAGCUUGAGGGUCUCUGGGUCCUCCCCAUGGAGACCAGGACCCAGUAGGCAGCUAGACGGAUGGAUGGUGAGGAGCUCAGGAGGGGGUAGGGACUGGAGCACAGUGGGAAGCAUCAUGGAGCCCAGCAAUCCUGAUAAGGAUUGUCUGCUGUUGUGGGUUGAAUUGUGUCCCCCCAAAGAGAGAUAUUCAGGUCCUAACCCCCAGAAUCUACCUGUGAAUGUGACUGCCUUGGGGCAGAGGGUCUUUGUGAUGUAAUCAAGUUAAUAUUAGGUCAGAAGGUAUUGGGGGACCUUAUAUUCAGUGACUGGUGUCCUUACACAAGGAGGGACAUUUGGACGCAGACACAUGUAGGGAAGAAGGCCAAAUGCCGCAGGAGGCAGAGGCUGGAGUGACGCUGCCACUAGCCAAGGACUGCUGACGACUCACAGCUGCAGGUCAUCAGCAGUCCUUCUGAGGGAAGAAGUCACAUAGACCUGAGGAGGAGGGUCUUCCAGCAGCCUUCAGGGCGCGUGGCCCCGCUGACACCCUGUUUGGUCUUCCAGCCUCCACAGCUGGGUGAAAAGAAACUCCUGCUGUUUAGCCACCCAAUUUGUGACUGUUUGUCACAGCAGCCCGCGGGAACUAGUACAUUCUCCUCGCCUAGCUUUCCCCUGAGGGAUCAGCCUGAUCCCCGUCCCAGAGGAGGCCCCGGCGAGCUGCCCAAAAGGCCAGCAAGCAGAGGGACCAGGCCUAGUGCAGGCAGGCAGCCCUGGUGCCACAAGGGGGUCUUGGUCAGUGGGCCCCGCGGGAGAGUUUCCCUAGAGCCAGGCCCUUGCCGUCGCUGCUCUGUGAGCAAACAGCCAAGCAGCUCCCAAGGGCCGGGAAGGCCGCAGCUGCUAGGCUGCCCGAAGAUGCGGACGAAGGCAUUUCUCUUUCUU